ACACUUACGAGCCCUAAUCUCUCUCGCCAGCUACUAACCUCGCUCGCUCGCUCGAUCAAUCACGUCUUUCUGAUCCAUUUCAAUUUCUGUAAAAUUCAACUCCAAAGUCAACUUCCUUAUUUGAUUAAUCAGAAAUUCACAGGCCAGACAGAUUCUAACUAGAUAGUACAGUUGACUUUUGCUUACUGGAGUCAAAGUGCAAAGUUUACUUUUUUUGGGGAUGUGGGUGGUGAUUUAUUUUGGGAAAUAUUCUCUUUCUCUUAAAUGAGUGAAGAUGUUUUGAUGAUUGUGGGAUAUUGAAGAAAUAACAAAAAUGCCAGCCGUUCGGCAUUGUUCUAGAAUUGAUACUUUUGAGUUGAAAGUUCAGAUGGAAAGGAGGCUUGGUGCACAAAAGGCGGAGAAGUACUUCAAUCUGCUUACAAGAUAUUUGAGUCUUAAGCUCGGAAAAUCAGAAUUUGAUAAGCUUUGCAUCCGUUUGAUUGGUAGAGAGAAUGUUCGUCAUCACAAUGAACUUAUACGGGCAAUUGUAAAAAAUGCCACUGUUUCCAAGACACCGCCUCCGAAGCAAGUCAAACGGGACACUCCAGUGGCUUUGAAAGAUCCUAACGUCAUAGAUGCAAGAAAUGGCCUUCAGUCUCUCUGCAGAGAAGUAUUCCCUCAGUCUCCCAGAAAAGGAAGGACUCCGAAUCUACGUGAAAGAAAGUUUAAAGAUAGACCGAGUCCUCUUGGACUUAAUGAGAAGACUCAUAGGACUGAAGAUUUGGCAACGACAAAGGUUCAAGAACAACAAAGUGCUACCGAUCUAAUUUCUUUAGGUAGCAAGCCACCGAUUGAAGUUAAUUCUGUGGAAGAUGGGGAAGAAGUUGAGCAGGAUGCAUUAAGCACCACUAUUAAUAGAAGAAUCUCGGUUACAGCUCCAUUUGGCAUUAGAAUACAUGCAAAGGAAACACGAAAAGUGUUUUCUAAUGUUUCAAGUUCCGCUUAUCACUCCGAGACUUGUCAUUACAGUGGUCAGUUGCCGCCUACUAAGUCUUUGGAGAACAGAUUGAAGAAGAAGUUGAAAAUGGAGGGUUUGGAUGUAUCUAUGGAUUCUGUCAAUCUAUUGAAUAGUGGACUGGAUUCUUAUUUGAAGAGGGUUAUAAAACUAAGUCUGGAGUUAGCUGGCUCAAGGUCUACACACAAGCCAAGCAGAAGAUUCACAACAUCAAUGUUAGAUUUUCGGGUGGCAACAGAGACCAACCCCAAGAUACUUGGAGAAGAUUGGCCUAAAAAACUUGAGAAGAUUUGUUUGUUUGCCUUUGAACAGUCAGCUGGUUUAGACAGCAAUCUUAAUAAUGUGCCAGAGUAAUACCAUGUUGGAUUUUAAAAGCAAAUCUGGAAACCAUCAAGUCCUUGUGUGGUUGAAGAGUAGGAAACAAGAAAAGUUUUGGAUGAAAACCAAUUAGGUUGUAUAUACAUCUCAGUGCUGAUUCUUCAGGACAGGGCUGCUGUCCACUGAAGUAUAAUGUUAUGUUUUUGUAAGAUUUCUGGCCACUUCAAAUAUCCUAGUGGCCUUCUUCAAUUGUUAUCUAUAGCUUACUCAACUUUCUUGUUUACUAUCUGUCCAUAAACUUUAUAUUCUUGAGUUUACUGAGCUAUUAAUAUUACGGUUAAUUUGUUA